GUUCACCAUACUCUUCUAUCUUAUCAUUCUCAUUUUCCUUCUUCUUUUCUCUUACAACUUAUAUCAUUCUUUUGAGAUUAAGGCUCUAACAUUACUAUUAUUAUUAUUACAAUAAAAUGGAAAACACAGACAAUUUCGACUACUCGAAACGAUCCCAAUGGUUAAGGGCAGCAGUAUUAGGAGCCAAUGAUGGUUUAGUUUCAACAGCAUCACUAAUGAUGGGUGUAGGUGCAGUUAAGCAAGAUAUUAAAGCCAUGAUCCUAACCGGGUUUGCGGGCCUAGUGGGCGGGGCAUGUAGUAUGGCUAUUGGUGAAUUUGUGUCUGUUUAUUCACAGCUUGAUAUUGAGAUGGCCCAGCUAAAAAGAGAUCAAAAAAAGAAUAAUAACGGAGAAAUUGCUGCCAUGGAAGAAGGUUGUAAGGAAGAGGAGGAAAAGGAAGAUUUGCCUAAUCCAUUACAAGCAGCAUUUGCAUCAGCAUUUGCAUUUUCUGUAGGGGCCUUGGUCCCACUUUUGGCGGCAGCGUUUGUGAAGGAUUAUAGGGUGAGGCUUGGGGUUGUGGCGGUGGCAGUGACGGUGGCGUUGGUGGUUUUUGGGUGUUUAGGGGCGGUUUUGGGGCGAGCAUCGGGUUUUAAGGCUUCGCUUAGGGUUUUGUUGGGUGGUUGGCUUGCUAUGGCUAUUACUUUUGGGUUAACUAAGUUGGUGGGCUCCGAUAGGUUAUAAUAAUAUAGAGUUAUAUAUUUGAACUAUUUAUAUAUAUUUUUGAAAAUAUAUCUAAAAUUCAUUAUAUAUAAUAAUGAAUUUGAAAAUUUGAUUUUAUGAUUAUUCUCAAUUUUUAUGAAUUUGCUAUUGAAUUAUUAUCUUUAAUGGUAGUAAAUUUGCAAAGAUGGAAAGAGUAUUUUGUUUAUGUAUAUGUUUUAUGUCUUAAUUAAAUUAAGGAAACUACUUAAAAUUUUAUAUCUUAAGAAGUUAUGGUUUUAAAAUAUGAAAUAUGGGAAUAAAUUGGAAUGUAUUUGCAAGAUAAGGGAUUGUUCAUAUUAUGUAUUGGGUUGGAAAGAUUGUAAGGAAUAAUGUAACGGAUACUUCUCUUAAAGUCGGGUGUUGGCAUGAAAUAUGGAGGGGGUAAUGUAAGGACUAAGGGGUGCCUCUUAUGAAUCCCUAGCCAACAUUGAUAAGAUAAUGUUAUGAUUGUAUAUUUUAUUGUUGAGAAUCUAAUAAUAGAAUUAUUGUUUAA